AUUUCCUUUUUUCUAGAAGGAGCGUAUAGUAGUCACUUUGGAGAUUUAUUAUUAAGGAAAGAAAAAUGAAGGGAAGUUUGAUACAGAUUUCCAGAAGAGUAAUAAGACUUCCAAACAUUCUAAAUGGGCGAUUGUAUUUCUCUCAUCCUUCAGCUUCUUCCCAACCUCCCAAUAACAAGCUCUUCGUCGCUGGUUUGUCAUGGUCUGUGGAUGAGAAGUCGCUCAACGAUGCAUUCUCUUCUUUCGGGCAAGUAACAGAAGUAAGAAUAAUGUAUGAUAAAGAAACUGGCCGAUCAAGAGGCUUUGGGUUUGUUCACUUUUCAAAAGACGACGAGGCCAGCUGUGCAAAAGAUGCCAUGGACGGAAAGGCAUUUCUAGGUCGCCCCUUGAGGGUAAGCUUUGCCCUUGAAAAGGUUCGUGGUGCACCUGUCGUUGUCCCUCGACUAACAGGCAUUGGAAAUGGCGAGAUAAAUAAGACUCGUUGAAUUCUGUUUUUUGGAAGUGUCCUGGCAUUGAAGAGUGGGUUUCUGCUGCAUUUUUAUAGUUAAGUGAAUAUACCAUUUGUUACUGGAUCAAUGUACUUGAGUAAUUCUAUGGACACUUAACCAAAGGCGCUUAUUGUAUUCAAAAGCUACUAGGAAAUGAAGCAAGUGCUGAGGUAGUUUGGGUUGAAAUUCAUGUGUUAAUUUGAGUUAUACUUGUUAUACAUCCCUAAGAUACAAUGAGAAAAUCUUAUGAUGCAACCAGGAAAUUGUUACCGAUUUGUAGCUUUUCUUC